AAGGCCAAGCAAACGCGCCCGACCAAGGGCGGAGAAGCAGAAAAUUCCAUUUUCGCCAUCAGUCCAGCAUGUUCGCAAUGCUGACACAAUGGUCCAGUGCACAGAAUGUGAGAAGUGGAGGCUUGUCUUCAGCAAGAAAAAGCUUUCCAAACGACAGAAAGAACAGCUUGGUGAAGUGUUGAGUGAUGUGGACUACACCUGUGGAUUUCUCUUUGAUGAUGUCAACUUGCCACAUGGACUGCAAGUUUUUGUGAAGGACCACGAUUGCUGUGACCACAUAGAGAAGUUGUACUUCGCUUGCGAUGAAUACGAGGCGAUUUGCAUCCAUUGUGGGGAAUAUGUCCAAGACCAUGAUGACAUUGACUUCUACCCACAGUGUGAAGAAUGCAAUGAGGAUCCUAUUAGGAAGCGACUGUAGAUAGGAAGACCAUAAAUUGGCCCCGACCCCAUCAUUGGAAUUGGUCAUGGUGGUCUAGAUAGGUUGUUGUCUGUACAACAUUGUACAAUGUCUACAAUUUCAUUUGUAUACUACUAUGUACUUUAUUAAAAUAUGGUCCAGAUAUAAAAUAGGCCAUAAAAUACAAGUAUUUUUACAUUGUACAUGAUGUUUUGUUCUGUUUCUUUCUCCGAGCCAAGUUUUGCAAGCCCAAUUAUUACACACAUGUAUGCGGAUGUCGCAUGAACAACGGGUUAACUACAAAUAUUAAAUGAAUAAUGAAAAAUGAAAAAUGAAAAAAGCCUCCUCACUUUUCAAAAUAUCUCGGACGGGAAACUCAUACCUCAAUUCCCAUGGCCUAAACAACAAGUGCUUAAAACAAACCACUGCGAAUGUCUACCGGAAGUGGGUAAGAAUAAA